GUGGUUCUGUGCCAGCGGAUGUUUCCCCAGGAACUGUGAAAUCUACUAUCUUGCCUUCUGGAAACUUCUCCUUGCCCUCUUUCUUGGGACCAUUGGCGAUGGAGAGGGAGAAUGCUGCUGCGAUGGGGACCCAGGCUCCUCCCCUGACUUUACCUGGCCUACAGGGUCUCACUACCUCCAUUUUGGGAUCUAUGAUCAGUGGGCUUCAGAAACCCUCUGAUAACGGAGCAGACAGUGGUCCUCAGGGUCCUCAAUUAGCUAAUGUUUCUCUCCUGGGAGAGCCACCAAAAGACUUCAAGAUUCCACUCAAUCCAUAUCUAAAUCUGCACAGUCUUCUCCCUAGAAAUAAGAUUGGAGGUGGAACUAAUAAAACAUUCAAUCCAAAGACCGGUGCACUUGGCAAUGCUUCCAAUCCCAGAAUGCAACAGGCAUCCAUGUCUGAUCUUCUCUUGCCCUCAUCUAGUCAAUCAGAAGAUAAUUCUGCAUUUGACUAUCAGCCUGACUUGGUAUCACGAAUAUAUCCCCAGGCCAGAGAGACAUCAUGCCAGCAAAGUGUAUUUGCACAUAAGAAGCAAAAGGUCUCAUCUCCUGGGUUUGAGCAAAACCAUCUAGGAACUCCAUUGCCCCCAUUCUAUACAGGGUCUCCAACCUCAUAUUUCACAAGUGGCCUUCAAGCUGGACUUAGACAAAGCCACUUGAACAAA